UGACAACUUGCCCCAGUGUUCUAUUUCACGCAGUAGAUGCAACCUACUUCCAAGACCCAGUAAUAAUCCAUGCAGUGGAAUAGAUGUAGCCUUACACUCGUUACCUCAAGACUUAGCGCCCAUUUUCCGUUCACACGCUCGCUCGGCACAGAUACGUUCUCUCCUUGUGGCCAAUCCCAGCAUCAGCUGUCAGACGGAUUACCUCAAACCUGGAGUCGCCUAAUGCCCGUUUCGUUGGUGAGUUGGGAACAAUUUAACGUGAGCGACGUUUAAAGGGUACCCAUAGUAACCGACAGCACCAGCAUCAUCAUCAUCUUUGAUUCACAGCCUUGAGGAACCUCAAGCAUGUCGGGAGACACACACAGAGGAAGCACAAAACGCUGAAGUAGGCAGCAGCAGUAGCAGCAGCAGCACCACACCUUCCGCGAUAUUCCGAGCCUGUAGCUGCUGCACUGGCGUCGGGUGGAUUAGACAUUGCGGAUCCGACCUCCAGGAUCCAUAAUGCCCGUUAAUCAAGCUUGACACCACCGAAAUGCUGCCGGGCUCUAUUCAGAUAACGGGAGAGGCGCUGUCCGGUGCUGAAAUCAAAGACAUAUGCGACAGCCUGAAGGAGAACAGCGUGCGGCUGCUGUCGGUGCGCGGCUGUCAGCUGUCCGACCGAGACUUCGGCCGUGUGUGUCGCGGCGUGGCGGAGUCGCACUCUCUCGCUCAGCUGAACCUGAACCUCGGCGUGGUGUCCACCAUCAGCCGGACCAAGCAGCUGGCGGACGCUCUGAAGGCCAACAGAUCCGUUCAGACCCUCUUUCUCCAUGGAAGUCCACUUUUAGAUGCGGGAUUGGUCACUCUGAAUGGAGCCCUUUCCACUCACCCCUCACUGGUGUCCUUGGAUUUGGGGGACUGCAUGCUGGGAGAUGAGGCAGUUCGUCUCAUUUGUGGCAUGCUUCCUCCGGAUGGAGCUAAAUCGGGGCUUAAAGAGCUUACACUGAGUGCCAACCCAGCCAUCAGCACGCAGGGUUGGGCUCGACUGGCCAUUGCAGUGGCUCACAGCUCACAGUUACGGGUCCUCAACCUCGACUACAAUCCCUUAGGGGAUCACAUUGCUGGGAUGCUGGCUGUCGCUGUCGCAUCCAGUCGGACUCUUGAAGUUCUGGACUUGGAGGGAACCGGCCUCACAAAUCAGUCAGCACAGGUCUUCCUAGACAUGGUGGAGAACUACCCCACCAGCCUGCGUGUGCUGGUUCUAGCCGAGAACGACAUCAGUCCCGAGCUGCAGCAGCAGAUCUCAGAUCUCCUCUCUGAAGGCGAGGAAGAAGAGGAUAAAGACGGAGAGGCGCGCGGAAGCUCGGUGACCCCCAGGGAGAAACCCGCCUGGGUUCCCCACAGCAUAACUGGUUCUAAGAGGCUGGGGCAAAAGGGAAGUACAGAAAAUCACAUUUCUCAUGCAUUACUUAGGAAAGACCAUUUCUACUUGCGAAAUAGAAAUAUGAAUUUCUCAUAAUGGCCAAGUUGUGAGUUCUCUGUCCUGUAUAUCCUAAAGUCAUUAGACUUAGAGGCUACUAUUAGUAAGGGUAAAUUUUAAAGGAAAAGUGCAGCCAGAAAUGAUCAUUCUGUCAUCCAGUGUCACUCCAAACCUGUUUGACUUUCUUUUUUGUGCAAAAGGUGAGUUUUGGAAGAAUAUCCUAACCAUUAUGUUCUAUAUUAUGAAAGUGAUCGGCCAAUGGAGCUAACACCUUAAAAGUAUCAAACUAGUACUCAAUAUCACUAAAACCUAGGACGUCAAUGGUGUCAAUGCCAAAUUUUUUAUUGAAAGACUGUUAUAUUUUCUGAAGAAUAGCUUUUUUGUUAAAGUUGAGGUCAAGUUUACAUACACCUUGCAGAAUCUGCAAAAUGUUAAUUGUUGUAGCAAAAUAAGAGGGAUCGUACAAAAUGCAUGUUAUUUCUUAUUUAGUACUGACCUAAAUAAGAUAUUUCACAUAAAAGACAGAGAAAAGAAGAGAAAAUAAUAGCUGAAUUUGUAAAAAUGACCCUGUUCAAAAGUUUACAUACACUUGAUUCUUAAUACUGUGUUGUUACCUGAAUGAUCCACAGCUAUGCUUUAUUUUUAAUUUGUAAUAGUUGAUCACGAGUCCCUAUUUUGUCCUGAACAGGUAAACUGCCUGCUGUUUUUCAGAAAAAUCCUUCAGGUUCCACAAAUUCUUUUUUCUUUGGACUCAUAUGCAACUAUUACAGAAGGUUCAAACACUCACUGAUGCUCCAGAAGGAAAAAACGAUGCAUUAAGUGCUGGGGGGGUGAAAACUUUUAAACAGAAUGAAGAUGUGUACAUUUUUCUUAUUUUACCUAAACAUCUUUUUUUUUCCACUUAUUACUGCCCUUCAAAAGCUACAGAAGCUUCCCAGAAGACAAAUAAGUUAAAUUUACCCUGAUCUUUAAAUUCAAAAAGUUUUCACCCCCCAGCUCUUAAUGCAUGGUUUGAGUGAAUGUAAUGAAUGUAAUGAUGUUUGAAAGGUCUAGUCCCCUCUUUUUUCCAUUAUUGUACAUGCCUGUUCAAAAGUUUGGGGACAGUAAGGUAAUACAUUUACUAAAAAAAGGACAUAUUAAAGGCAUAGUUCACCCAAAAAUAAAAAUUACUUUAUGAUUUACUCACCCUCAAGCCAUCCUAGGUGUGUAUGACUUUCUUCUUUCAGGUGAAUACAAUUGGGAUUAUAUAUAAAAAAAUUCCUGGCUCUUCCAAGGCUUUGUAAUGGCAAUAAAUGGCUGUUGAGAUUCAAUCGUCCAACAGAAGUCCAAUAAACUGCAUCCAUCCAUCAUAAAAAGUACUCCUCACUGCUCCAGGGGGUUAAUAAACGCCUUCUGAAGCAAAUCAAUGCGUUUUUGUAAGAAAAAUAUCCAUAUCUAAAACUUUAUAAACUGUAAUCUCUAGCUUCCGCUAACUGACAUUUACCCGUUCACGAGAGAGUGGCGUUCUAGUGCAUGGCUUAUGAGGGCAUAGCGUAACCUAUGAAUACGCCUACAUCCUACGUCAUCCGCUGGAACGCCACUCUCUCAUGAACACACAUAUGGAUAUUUUUCUUACAAAAAAAGCAUUGAUUUGCUUCAGGAGGGCUUUAUUAACCCUUCUGGAGCUGCGUGGAGCACUUUUUAUGAUGGAUGGAUGGACAGAUGGAUGGAUGCACAUAUUGGUCUUCUGUUGGACUAUUUCAUGUCAACACCCAUUCACAGUGUUGGGGGUAACGUAUUACAAGUAAUACGAGUUACGUAAUCAGAUUACUUUUUUUCAAGUAACUAGUAAAGUAACACAUUACUUUUUUAAUUUCCAAGAAAAUAUCUAAGUUACUUUUCUCCUUUAUUGAUUGAAAGCUCUCCUGUCCCCAUGUUGAGAGAAAUCAGGAAUAAUGUGUAAAAUGUGAACAUUCAUUAAUUCAUCUUCCAAAAAAAGAAACAUAUUUAGUAUUCCUCAAAAUAAAUAAAAACAGUGAAUUGACACUCAGAAUAUGACACAAACCUACAAUAAUUAAAUGUUAAAUAAUACAAAUAUCCUUUAUUGUAUUUAAUCCCAUUUUAUUAACCACUGUCUUUGCUGCUGACCAUCGAUGAUCUAAUCAAACCAUACUAAUAAGCAAAAAUUGCUCAAGAUAAACGGUUUUAUAUAUAUAUAUAUUAUUAGGGAGUAACGCAAUAUUGUAAUGCAUUACUUUUAAAAGUAACUUUCCCCAACACUGCCCAUUCAUUAUAAAGCUUGUAAAAGCUAGGACAUAUUUAAUAUAACUCCAACUGCAUUCAUCUGAAAGUCUUAAUACACAUAGGAUGGUUUAAGGGUACAGAGUAAAUCCUGGGGUAAUUUUCAUUUUUGGGUGAACUAUCCCUUUAAAAUGAUCGAAGGUGACAGUAAAGAUGUUUAGAUUGUUACAAAAAAAUUAUUAAAUAAAUAAAUGCUGUUCUACCUAACAAUUAUUCAUCAAAGAAUUCCAAAAAAUGUAUCACAGCUUGAAAAGAAAUGUUGAAAAUGUUUCUUGAGCAGCAAAUCAGCAUAUUAGAAUGAUUUCUGAAAGAUCAUGUGACUCUGAAGACUGGAGUAAUGAUGCUGAAAGUACAGUUUUGAUCACAGGAAUAAAUUACAUAUUAAAAUAUAUUCAAAUAGAAAAUGCUAUUUUAAAUUGUAAUAAUAUUUCACAAUAUUACUAUUUUUACUGUAUUUUUGAUCAAAUAAAUGCAGCCUUGUUGAGCAUAAGAGCAGUAGUGUAUAUAAAGAAGAGCAGUCAUGAUAUUCUCCAAAAAUGCACCGGGUCAAAGAAAGUCAUACAGGUUUGAGGGUGAAUAAGAUGAGAGAAUGUGAACUAUCCCUAGAGUGACGAAUUUUUAGAACUGGAAUAGCCUUUUCCUGUCCUCUUCAAACAUUUCAACCAUUUACCAAAUUGUCUCUGACCCUUCCAGACUCUUCCAGCUCCCAGAUGGUCCUGAUGACAUCAGGACUGGGUGAGAGCUUUUUGGCAGAGACAGAGAUGUGAUACUGGAGCUGCCGAUGUUUUGCGCUUGCACUGUACAACUACCGUGAGACCACCAGUUAGCGUGCAACCUCUCACACCGCAUGACCUGUAGCACUUAGCGCAAGACGGUUCAAAGCUGGAACAAAAACCUUAAACACCAAGUGACUUAUAAUACGCAAUAGUGAAUUAUUUAUUUUACAGAUGUACAGUCUAUUUAUAAAAAUGAGUAUUUAACCGAUAACAGUAUACUCUGUUAGAUGAGCUGUAUAGGGUUGAUGUGAUGGCCUGAUGCCUGAAUAAAUCAGUUUACACCUUUUUAAA